UUCGGUAUAUUUUCGAGGGAUUAUUUUAUCGAUAAAUCUCCUAGUUUAACAAACCAAAAUAUGAAUCAAAAUCUGUUCAAUUAUCUGUUUAAAACCUUUUUAACCUUUUUAUUUCUCCAUGUCUCGCGCUCAAAUGCUGAAAUUUCCGGCCUUCUGAGUGCCCUACAAUAUUUUGGCCUCUAUGGAAAUGGAUUGGAGUCUCUGGGACAAUCUCGCGGCCAGUGCGAGUAUUCGUUCGAAUCUUUCGCCCUGCUGGGGGAUCGCUAUACUUGUGCGCCAGACGAUGAGCACAUAUUGCACCUGACACAGCUGCCACCGCAGCGCAAGCCGCCCAUAAUGAUCAAGUGCCUGCAGCCGGAGGCAGCGCCAGAUAAUGGCAACGGCACAGCGCCCAAGCUGCUGAUAAUGAAAAGCGCCAAGGACAUUGUGAACUUGCUUAAGCCCAUUGGCAAUGCCACCAAGCGGCAUGAGCACGGCAGCUGUGUGGUUGUCCACUUUUGCACGGCCACGAGCCUGGAGUGCUCCCGUGUGGCGCCCGUUAUUAACCUUCUGCCCCAUCUCUUUCCCACGCUGCCUGUCGCCUACAUCGAUGCGUACGAGUUUACCCCCUUCAACGCCGAGUUCGGCAUUGUCUCGCUGCCAACGCUGAUGAUCUUCCAUCAGGGACGACCGUUGAUCAAGUACGAUACCUCCUGGACGGACUCGGAAAAGCGCGCCUUUGGCAGAUUCAUCAUGCGCCACACAAACGUAAGGACCGUAGACCCCAACAGCAUAGAUCCUCAAAUCCUGCUGCGAACGCUCACCGAGCCCCUAGCCAAUUCGCCAGAGGUGCAGACCGACUACUACUUGGGCAUGGCCUGGGCCUUUAUUCUGCUAUGCCUGGCCAAUUAUGUGAGGGGCACAGUCUUCUGGACGCAGCUGGUGGCGAUGGUGCAGCGCAACUGGCGAGAGUCCGAGGAGACGCAAAUGGAUGUCGUUGACUAAUAGGCCAAAGCGGGGGGGGUUGGGUUAUCGGGAACGAAGUACAUACAUACG